UAGAGUACGGCGCGUAGCGCGUCGAAAUAUUUACCGAAUUUAAAAAAAUAUUUAUUAAAAAAGAGAAUCAAAUUUAGAACUCGCGUUGCCAUGACAACGUAAUCGAACAAUAGAUGUCACGAAAAAAGACGGUUUGACGCGCGACUCUCGAGUUUUUUGUUGAAAUAAUUGAAUAUUGGUAAAAAUAAAUGAUGUUCUCGGACGAGGAAAUAAAAGAAACACCAGAAAACAGUUUCAUGCGUCCGGGGGACGAGAUAAUAAGCAUCCGCGAAGUUUGUCUCAGUGAUAAAUUUGACAAGAAGGACUUGGGAUUUCAUAACGAGCUCUUGUCGAAUACAAGCAAAAAUUAUCUGGAUGUCUCCCGGUCCAUAUUUCGGGAUGAGUUCGCCGAAGGUCUGGAGCAGCAGGCACGGUUCGCAUGGACGGAGGAGGACGGCAAUAUCGCCGCUCUCGUUUCCGAACCAGGUUUCGGAACCACAGGGCAGACUACUUUCGGAAAGGAUCUCGACGCGGCGUUGAAAUGUGAGAUGAAGGAAGCUGACACAUCCAGUUCAGCGCUAACUACGAUAAGUCGCAACGGUCUCACUUUCCGACAGAAACCUUACGUGGAACCACAACUCGUAACAUCGACUUCCAAUGAUAAUCGCAGCAAAACAGGCCAGAAUACAUACAAGGUAGACAAGGCCGAUCCUCGCUCGAGGUAUCAUUUUGUAAAGUACGUGAAGAGGCAUGGCCGCACGGUUAAACUCUGGGAAUGUGGGAUAUGCAGCAGAGAAUUCCAACACCAGUACACUCUGAUGCGACAUUUACCAACCCAUACUGACGAGAGGAACUUCCAUUGCAACGCUUGUGGCAAGAGUUUUAGACAACUCUCAACGUUGAGCCAGCACCGGGCCAUACAUUCUGCUGACAGACCUUAUGCUUGUGAGGUUUGCCACAAGACCUUCAACCGUGUUUCAACCCUCAUCUCCCACCGCAAGACACAUUCCGAUGAUAAACCCUAUAAAUGUCAUUUCUGUCCAAAGGGCUUCCACCAAAAAGGAAACCUGAGGAAUCACCUCUUCACUCAUACCAACGAAAGACCGUAUCGUUGCAACAUCUGCUUGAAGGGUUUCAACCAGCAGUCCAACUUAGUCUGCCACAAGAAUAAGGCUCAUCGCGAAGAUGGAGGCUCUCCUAUAGCAUCACGCACCAGAAAUGACCCUAAAGUCGGACGUUCUUUGAUAUUGACACAGCCAAACGCUACGAGAACUCAAACCGACAAUUGCGAAGUCACAUCUUCAGUUGGUCUUCCACCUGUGGAAGAACCUCCCAUUAACUGGAACAAAACCUGGGACUCGGCAAAAUCUUACCAAGAGUCUGAAACUGCUUGGAAUGAAAACCCAUGGAGUGCCAUGGGCAGUGGUGUGAUUGUUAACCCCAUAAAGACUUACCAUAUGGGUGUGGCUUUGGCAACUCGGCAAACACCUUUUGCUUUGUUGAAGCCAAAUAACAGUACUCCAGUUUUAGUCAAAGUUAUUGAUACGAAACUACCUGGAGGAAAACAGAUGCUAGUGCCAGCGACUGCAGAAGAUCUAAAAGUUGGUGGUAAAAUUGUGCUCCAAAAUGAUGGAUUAACUGCUGCUCAGACUCCAGUCGAAUCGACUGCUGGUUUAGACGGUGCGGUGCAGAUUCGAGUUCCAGUAGUAGCGAUAGUUGUGCCAAAGAUAAAAGCUGGAGGGCAACUGCAUCUCGCAGUAGAAGAACCGCAUCACGCAUAUCAUACUGCAUUAUCUGCUGACGUUGGUGAAGUAAAGGUUGAGCCUUGUGCCAAUCCUGGGACCAGUCGCCGCAUCGAUGGACCUUGUGACUUGGAUGACACUGCCAUCAGACCUGGUGAUCGUAUGUCAUCAUGUGCGUUGCCACCGCCAGCUCCGUCGCCUCCACUGGACCUGAUCCAUAUGGAUUUGUUUGAGCCUAUGGAGUGUAUUCCGAUGGGGCCGCAGAUCACAGCCGUGGACAAUAUUGACCAACCGCCUCAUUCUGAUGAUUCUGACAUAUUCAUAGGAGAAUUUGAGGAAAGCAUCCCACUGUCGGAUUCAGAAUGAAUACAGUAUUAUUUUAAUGGUUAAUUUAUAUUUUUGUCUCGUGACUUAGAAGAAUGAAGUGUUCUGAUUAUUUUAGAUAUUUAAGUGAAAAUGUGUUUCUGUUUAUUAUACAUCACUUAUACAGUUGAAACAA